CCAUGGCCGCCUACAGCAAGUUUUUCACCGCGCGCUACUCCACCAUGGCCGGGGCUACCGCUGCCGCCUGCGCGCUUCUCUGCCUGCUCAGCAAGCGGAGGAAGGCGGCUGCGUUGCAAGGAAAGAAAAGUGGAAGAACAUCUAGCAAUGAGAAAGAAGUCAAGAAAGAGCGAGCAAUGGUAGACAGAGUUUUUGUUGGAAGAAUAUGUCGCAUCCUGAAAAUAAUGGUCCCUAGAACAUUUUGUAAAGAGACAGGUUAUUUGAUACUAAUUGCCCUGACACUGAUACUUCGCACAUACUGUGACAUUUGGAUGAUUCAAAAUGGAACAGUUAUUGAGAGUGCGAUCGUAAGCAGGGAUAUCUCACUAUUCAAGAAAUUCAUGAUUAAAUUUAUAGUUUCCAUUCCACUGAUUUCCCUAGUGAAUAACUUUUUGAAGUAUGGCCUAAAUGAACUUAAGUUGUGUUUCCGUGUACGACUCACCAAGUACCUUUAUGACCAGUAUCUUCAGACUUAUACUUAUUACAAAAUGGGAAAUCUAGACAACAGAAUAGCUAAUCCUGAUCAGCUGCUUACACAAGAUGUAGAAAAAUUUUGUAACAGUAUAGUAGAUCUGUACUCCAAUCUUAGCAAGCCAUUUUUGGAUAUUGUUCUCUAUAUCUUCAAGCUAACCAGUUCAAUAGGAGCUCAGGGUCCUGCUAUCAUGAUGGCCUACUUGAUUUUUUCAGGCUUUUUCCUUACGCAUUUAAGAAGACCCACUGGUAAGAUGACUGUCACAGAACAAAAAUAUGAAGGAGAGUACAGAUACGUCAAUUCACGGCUCAUUACAAACAGUGAAGAAAUCGCUUUUUAUAAUGGGAAUCAAAGGGAACAGCAGACAAUUCACAAAGCAUUUCGCAAACUGGUGGAGCACUUGCACAAUUUCAUUUUGUUCCGGUUUACCAUGGGCUUUAUAGAUACCAUCGUUGCCAAAUAUCUUGCUACAGUAGUUGGCUAUCUUGUUGUUAGCCGCCCUUUUUUGAAUCAUGCUCACCCUCGCCAUCUAAACAGUACCCACGCAGAACUUCUGGAAGAUUACUACCAGAGUGGAAGAAUGUUACUGAGAAUGUCCCAAGCACUGGGCAGGAUAGUUCUGGCAGGGCGUGAAAUGACGCGAUUGGCUGGUUUCACAGCUCGAAUUACAGAAUUAAUGCAAGUACUUAAAGACUUGAACAGUGGCAAAUACAAGCGUACCAUGUUAGCACAAGAAAAGGAUUCAGAAAUAGUGCAAGCUGCCCCCUUGAUUCCUGGUGCUGGAAAAAUUGUCAUAGCAGAUAAGAUUAUCAAGUUUGAUCAUGUUCCACUAGCAACACCAAAUGGCGAUAUAUUGAUUAAAGACCUUAACUUUGAGGUACGGUCGGGUGCCAAUGUUUUGAUUUGUGGGCCAAAUGGAUGUGGAAAGAGUUCACUGUUCCGUGUGCUCGGCGAGUUGUGGCCUCUGUUUGGUGGCUCUCUAACUAAACCUGAGAGAGGAAAGCUGUUUUAUGUACCUCAGCGACCAUAUAUGACCCUUGGAACACUAAGAGACCAAGUAAUAUAUCCAGAUGCUGUAGAAGAUCAGAAAAGGAAAGGUAUAUCUGACCAGGUGCUAAAAGAGUACUUGGACAAUGUUCAGUUGGGUCAGAUCCUGGAGCGUGAAGGAGGCUGGGAUAGUGUUCAGGACUGGAUGGACGUGCUCAGUGGAGGAGAAAAGCAGAGGAUGGCGAUGGCCAGGCUGUUUUACCAUAAGCCUCAGUUUGCAAUUCUGGAUGAAUGUACAAGUGCUGUUAGCGUUGACGUAGAAGGCUACAUCUACAGCCAUUGCCGGAAAGUUGGCAUCACUCUCUUCACUGUAUCUCACAGAAAGUCCCUUUGGAAGCACCAUGAUUAUUACCUUCAUAUGGAUGGAAGGGGAAAUUAUGAGUUCAAGAAGAUUACUGACGAGACGAUUGAAUUUGGCUCUUAAACAUGUCUUCACUCUGCAACAAUGACUGAUAACAGCAUAUAGAAAGACAGACGGCAUUGAGACGUAACAGAGUUACUCAGCUUAUUCUUUAAACAGAUUUACUAGGAAUACAAUAAUCAAGACAAGAUGUUGAGGCAUUUACUAUGAUGUAGGAUAUUACUAAUUUGUGUAUAUGUUGGUUUAAUUAUUAAUAUGUACUAAGAAUGCCCUUAUUCUUGUGGUUUUUUGAUACCUGCCUAAAUUAAGUUGGGCUUAAAUCACUUUAUUAACUUUGAUUCAUCCUGGAUGCAACUAUUCUGAAGUCACCUAAUUUGACUUCUAUUUGACCUCAGUUUCCUCUGGGGAAGAACCCUGUUAAAAUUUAGGGUUUCUACCUCCUCUGUUCCCAGAACAGUGCGUAUGACUUUCCAUGUCAUGUUCUGAUGUAUCAAUUUAUUGUACGGAAUAUCGUGCUUUUUGCGGGUUGGUACGAGGCUCUCCUACUGCAGCACUGCACAGGGC